AUGGCUACCUCUCUUCACCUGGACGUGCCCGGGGCUAUCAUUCACUACAUUGUGCAAGGUUCCGGCCCAACCCUCUUGCUCAUACCCGGUGCUACUGGCGAACAUACAGUGUUCGAAGAUGUGGCUAAGCAACUGAGUACCUACUUCAUGGUUGUCUCCUACGACCGUCGUGGCUUUUCUCGCAGCUACCUAACCGCCGCCCAGGAUUACGCCAACCGGCUGUCUACAGACGUGGACGACGCGAAGCAACUUAUCCAACAUGUCUCUAAGAAACCAGCAUUUGUGCUGGGUAAUAGCUCUGGAGCAAUUGUCGCGAUUGAGCUUCUUAUUCAAUACCCCGGGGUUGUGGAACGUGUAUUUGCCCACGAAGCUCCUCUGAUCCAAUUCCAUCCCGAGGGUGCUUGGUGGCGGGAUUUUUUCCUCAAAUGCUACGACAAAUAUGUGAGCUCUGGUGUACUCUUAUCGGCCCGUCUAUUUGCGGAAGGGAUUGCGAGUGGGGUUGAGGAAGCUGCAGGAGUGGCGAAAGUGUUUGAUGCUCGCGAAGGAGAUUUCGUUGGGGGAAACGCCAUGUACUGGUACGAGCGUGAGCUCCGCCAAUAUCCUUGUGCGGUUCCGAAUAUGGAGGUUUUGGGUCAGAGGGCGGACAAACUGGUGUUGGCUGGUGGGCGUGAGUCUAGUGAGACGUCGUGUUACCUGCCCGUGAACCGCGUGCUUGCCAAAAGGUUUAGGAAGAAGAUCUUGGAGUUUCCUGGCUCGCACGGUGGCUAUGUGACACAUCCUGAAGAGUUUGCGCGAGUGAUGUGUGCUGCGGCUCUAGGUGAAGCUAGAUUGGGAGAAUGA